AUGCCUGGUUCGAGGACGUCGGCGGGCAGUGCCAACGCGGGCGGUUCCACGUCGGACAGCGCCUCUGCAAGAGACGGCGCCGCCGGCUCCAACGGCGAGCAGGGCUCUGGCGCCAGCGCAACACCACAGGCGCACGGCGGCAGCAACCCACCCGGCCUCGGAGGCGCGCCGCACGGGGCCAUGGCGCAGACGCCGGUGCAGCAGGUGCUGAUGUCGCCGGCAGACCGCUUUGGCCUGAUGGGCCUGCUGAGCAUCAUCAAGAUGCAGGACCCAGACUUUAGCAUGCUGACGAUGGGCAGCGACCUGCAGACGCUCGGCCUCAACCUCAACGCCUCCGACUCGCUCUACUCGUCGUUUAUCACGCCGUGGUCGGACAACAACAUGCUGGCGUCGAUGCAGGUGGAGCCCGACUUUUCGCUGCCAAGCUGCUACAAUGUGCAGCCGCCGCCGCCGGCGCAGAGCAAGAUUGCGUCCUUUAGCGACGAGACGCUCUUCUUUAUCUUCUACUCGACGCCGCGCGACGUGCUGCAGGAGGUGGCGGCGCAGGAGCUCUACAGUCGCAACUGGCGGUACCACAAGGAGCUGCACCUGUGGCUGACAAAGGAGCAGAACACGGAGCCGACGCACAAGACGAUGAACUACGAGCGCGGCACCUACGUCUUCUUUGACCCGGGGAGCUGGGAAAAGGUGUCCAAGAACUUUGUCCUCAUGUACGAGUUGCUCGAGGAGAAGCCGCCAAGCCAGGCUCACCUGGCCGCCCAGGCGCACGCCCAGGCGCAGGCGCAUGCUCAACAUCAGCAGCAGCAACAGCAGCAGCAGCAGCAACAGGCGCAACAACAACAGCCGCAGCCGCAGCAGCAGGCACAGGCGCAACAGUCGUAA